AUGAGUCACAAACGCUACUUCUUUGAGAAAACAAGCUUGCACGGGAAACAGAACUCUAAGAGGAGAGCUUAUAGAAACCAGCAUGCAAAGAGCUGCAUGUUCAGGAUUCCUUGGCGCUCUGAAUUUUCCCCCAUUGAGUUUCUGAAGGGUGUUGCAGAAAGAGUGACAAAAGCUUUUUGCUUGUGUUCUGUGAGAAGAUCUACAAACCGAGGUUCAUCUUCCAUGGGAAGAUCAAAACCCAUAGGGGUCUCUGUCGAUUAUUAUAGGACAGCUGCUGUUGAGGACUGCAUUGAUUUCAUCCACACUUCCUUUUCUAGAUCAAAUUCUUUAACCACAACAAUAGACAGAGAAGAAGUUAUGCAUACUUUUUUAAAAAACUUUCAAUCAUAG